AUUUGAAUUUUUGAUCACUUUGUCAAAACAAAGUGCACUUACUAUAAGACAGUCUUCUUCUGCUAGUGUCAAAGGUUGGAAUGACAUAAUGGGUUUUUAAUAUUUCUGUUACUUUACCUGAGUACUAACUUAAUAUUGAAUGUAUUUCAUAUUCAAUGCAAUAGGUGGCAGCUAUGAAGUUAGUAGUUUAUCAAGUUCGUUUAAUAAAGAAAAAAGUAUCUCCAAUCCAUUCUGUGUAUUUGAAAGAGGAUCAACAUCUGAAACAUGUAAGAGUCAACAAGAUGUCUUCCCUGAAGCGUUUUCAAACAAAGUAGGCACCAACUAUGAAAUUCCUACUUUAUCAGCUAUUUUUGAUAAAGCAAAGAACGCCGGACACUCAUUUCGUGUGUUUGAAAGAGGAUCAACAUCCGGUAUAUCUAAGGAACAACAAAAUGCCUCCACUGAAGUUGUUACCAACAAAGGCAAUAGUGAAGAAUCUAAGCACUUCCGAACGUAUAUUAGAACAUACAAUAAUAUGUUCGCGUUUACCUCACUUGGUGUAACCAAUGAUAAAGAUUUAGCAAGGAGAUAUCAUGGUAUAUAUACAUUUCGAGUUCAAGGACAAAUGUAUCAUUUUAUACCUGAUUUACUUCCCUCUGAUAAAAAAGUUAAGAAUCUGCAGUUAUACUUCUACGAUAACGAAAAUGAACUUGCUAAUAGAAUGGCAUGUUCGAUGAAUAUCAACGAAUCAAUUGUCAAGAGACUUAUGAAUGUUCUAGCAGUUAAUCCAUACUCCAUCUUUCUGAAAUCCCUGGCAAACGUUCCGAAACUAUCUGAUUCUUAUAUCGCACUUAAAUGUGAUCCAUGUCUAGAUCAACGUGUAUAUAAUUUACCUACUGCAACAGAGGUAGCUGGAAUAUGGGUUCAAGAUAAUUCUGCUGAUAUUGUUUCUACGCCACAUAUACGAAUAUAUACCCAUAGUAAUAAGACGCAAUCCGUGAAUUACUAUUACGGAUGUUAUGAUCCUUUGCAAUACCCACUAUUAUUUCCUUAUGGUCAAAACGGCUGGCAUUGUGGUAUUAAAAAAAUUGCACGGACAAAUCAACGUUAUUGCGAACAUGAAGAAUUACCAAGUGUGAAGAACAUGUGUUCCAUCGAUGGAUUUCUUGACAUGGAAGAUCAGGUUCUGAAAAAAGGAAAACGAAAAAGAGAGACGGUUUCUUGCCAUAUGCUACAAGGAAUUAUUGAUUUUCUAAGACUUGGUGAAACUGAAGCUUCCAAAAUUGGGAAAAAAACAUUCCUUCCUGUUACUUUCAUAGGAGGGCCGAGAGAUAUGCGUCGGCGGUAUAUGGAUGCUAUCGCAUUAGUCCAGCGUUUUGGAAAACCUGAUCUUUUUAUAACUAUGACAUGUAAUCCAUCUUGGCCAGAAAUAAAACAACACUUGUUAUCAACUGACGAAACUCAAAAUAGACCUGAUUUAGUAUCACGAGUAUUCAGGGCAAAAGUAGAGGAAUUGAAAGCAGAUAUUUUGAAAAGAAAUUUUUUUGGAAAAGUUGCUGCUUUUAUGUAUACUAUAGAAUUUCAAAAACGUGGUCUCCCACAUGCUCAUUUUCUGAUCAUACUUAGUGAUGAAUAUAAAUUAUUAACACCUGAAUCUUAUGAUAAGUUUGUCUGUGCUGAAUUACCUAAUGCUGAUACCGAAAAGCAUCUUUAUUCCCGUGUGCUUCAACAUAUGAUGCAUGGACCAUGUGGUGACUUAAAUCCCACAAAUUCAUGUAUGGGAAAAAAGGGCCUCUGCAAAUUCAACUAUCCGAAAGAUUUUGCUGAGCAAACAUCUAAAGGAAAAAAUUCAUAUCCAAUUUAUAAGAGACGAAAUACAGGAAAACUUGUACAUAUAAGAGAACAAUAUUUAGACAAUUCAUGGGUUGUCCCGUACAACCCUUAUUUGCUUUGUAAGUUUGAUUGUCAUAUCAAUGUUGAGGUUUGUUCGGAUAUUAAAGUUGUGAAAUAUAUUUACAAAUACAUUUGUAAAGGACAUGAUAAAAUUGUUUUUUCUGUACAUGGCAACGAAGAAAUAGAUGAAAUCAAAGAAUAUCGAUCUGCUAGAUGGGUAACACCCCCAGAAGCAGCAUGGCGUUUGUUUGGUUUUCCUAUUAGUGAAAUGACUCCGAGUGUUUAUCAUCUUCAGUUACAUUUAGAAGGGCAACAAUUUGUUUCUUUUAAAAGUACUGAAAGCGUGAAUAGAAUAUUAAAUAAUCCGAUGAUUAGAAAAACAAUGUUAACUGAAUUUUUUACUAUGAAUAGCAAUGAUGAACAUUCUAAAGAUAUGCAAUUACUAUAUAAGGAAUUUCCAGAACACUUCGUAUGGUCUCCAGGAUAUAAAAUGUGGACACGUCGACAAAAACGUAAUGUAAUUGGACGUGUUGUGACAUGUCAUCCAACAGAAGGGGAAAGAUAUUAUCUUAGGUUACUAUUGAUGAAUGUAAGAGGACCAAAAUCAUAUGAAGAUCUUCGCACCGUUAAUGGUGUACCUUGUAGUACAUUUAGAGAAUCUGCAGAAAAAAGAGGACUACUAUACUGUAGUAAUAGUUUGAUUGAAUGUAUGUCAGAGGCGGUAGGCUAUCAGAUGCCAUAUAGUUUGAGACGUUUAUUUGCAACAUUGUUAGUAUAUUGCAGCCCUACGAAUCCAAAAGAAUUAUGGGAAAUGUUUGAGGAUUCAAUGUCCGAAGACUUUAAGCGUUUCUCGAAUAUCAUGAUGCAAAGUGUUCGACAUAACGUCUUAAGCCAUAUCAACGAUAUCUUAUAUUCUAUGGGCCAUGACAUAAAUGAGUAUAAGCUUGUUCCAGAAAAUAUUAGACCUUCUGUGACUGCAAAGGAUGCAAAAGAUCAAUCAGGAGCUUUUUUCAUUGAUGGUCCCGGCGGAACAGGUAAAACUUUGUUAUAUCGUGCAUUAUUAGCAACUAUCAGGUCUCAAGGAUUUAUAGCUUUAGCAACUGCAACUUCUGGUGUAGCAGCUUCCGUCCUUCCAGGGGGACGGACUGUUCACUCACGUUUCAAAAUGCCAAUAGACAUAGAUGAUAACUUCUGCUGCAAUAUUAGUAAACAAAGUUCACUUGCAACCUUGAUUCGAGAUGCAAAACUAAUUGUAUAG